GUGUGUGAGAGAGAGAGAGAGAGAGAAGAAAAAAAAGGACAAACUCCCCCCUUGGCCCGCUUUUAAACUGCGAUAGUGGAGAGGAUAGCAGAAGUCGGAAACUGUAUUGGAAAAAAAAAGGGAAUCUCGUUGAACCACUACUAACUGGACUGGGGAAUUUUUUACACAGAAGACACAUCCACGAGUAUAGGAGCGCAGACUGAUGGCGCAGAGGUACGAUGAACUUCCUCAUUACGGUGGGAUGGAUGGAGUUGGGGUCCCGGCGUCCAUGUAUGGAGACCCUCACGCCCCCCGGCCGAUCCCUCCAGUUCACCACCUCAACCACGGCCCGCCGCUCCACAGCCAACACUACGGGCCACAUGCACCUCAUCCCAAUGUCAUGCCCACAAGCAUGGGCUCUGCUGUCAACGAUGCCCUGAAGAGAGAUAAAGAUGCAAUUUAUGGGCAUCCUUUAUUCCCUCUCUUAGCUUUGGUGUUUGAGAAAUGCGAGUUAGCGACCUGCACUCCCCGGGAACCCGGCGUCGCAGGCGGCGACGUGUGCUCGUCUGACUCGUUUAACGAGGACAUAGCAGUAUUCGCAAAGCAGGUUCGCGCAGAAAAACCACUAUUUUCCUCAAACCCAGAGUUGGAUAACUUGAUGAUCCAAGCUAUACAAGUAUUACGGUUUCAUCUUUUGGAGUUAGAAAAGGUUCACGAGUUAUGUGAUAACUUCUGUCAUCGGUACAUUAGUUGUUUAAAAGGAAAAAUGCCAAUAGAUUUAGUAAUUGACGAGCGAGAUGGGAGUUCAAAAUCUGACCAGGAAGAGUUGUCAGGGUCUUCUACAAAUUUAGCGGAACAUAACCCAUCAUCUUGGAACAGAGAUCACGAUGACGCAACCUCAACGCAUUCUGCUGGUACACCGGGACCCUCCAGUGGUGGCCAUGCUUCCCAAAGUGGAGACAACAGUAGUGAGCAAGAUAAAUUCGGUCUUCUGCAAAGGAAAAGUCAUCUUUGCCAUCUUCUACUAGGCGAUGGGUUAGACAACAGUGUGGCUUCACCAGGUACAGGUGACGACGACGAUCCAGAUAAGGACAAAAAGCGACAGAAAAAGAGAGGCAUUUUCCCCAAAGUAGCUACAAAUAUUAUGAGAGCCUGGCUCUUUCAGCACCUCACGCAUCCAUACCCAUCAGAGGAGCAGAAGAAACAGUUAGCCCAAGACACAGGACUCACAAUCCUACAAGUGAACAACUGGUUCAUUAACGCCAGAAGAAGAAUAGUACAACCCAUGAUUGACCAGUCAAAUCGAGCAGGUUUUCUUCUUGAUCCUUCAGUGAGCCAAGGAGCAGCAUACAGUCCAGAGGGCCAGCCAAUGGGAAGUUUUGUAUUGGAUGGUCAACAACACAUGGGAAUUCGGUCUGCUGGUUUACAAGGCAUGCCAGGGGACUUUGUAUCUCAGGGUGGUCCUAUGGGUAUGAGUAUGGCACAGCCAAGUUACACUCCUCCCCAGAUGACCCCGCACCCUGCCCAGUUAAGACACGGACCCCCAAUGCAUUCAUAUCUCCCAAGUCACCCACAUCACCCAGCCAUGAUGAUGCAUGGAGGACCCCCGCCUCACCCUGGAAUGCCAAUGUCAGCACAAAGCCCCACAAUGUUAAAUCCUGUAGACCCCAGUGUGGGAGGACAAGUUAUGGACAUCCACGCCCAAUAGUAUAAGGGAAAUAAAGAAAAAAAAUGUAAGACUUUAAACUUUGAACAGAUGUUGACACUUAAUGGAAUUCCAGACGAGAUGUGAUUUUUUUUCUUUCAACAUCAAGCAGAGGACCAACGGCACGAGCCCAGGCUAUUGUGAAGUCAAAGGCUUUCUUCACGUGAACUUACCUUCAAUGUAACGUUCCUCUGGAAAAGACUGAAAGAUUUAUUACUACUGUAGUAUAAAUAUAGGAACUAAGUUAACUUGUACAUUUCUGUUGAUCACUCUAUUUCUGUUGCUUCCAAUAGUUUUUAGAAAGAAAGUUAUCCUUUUUCCACACUAUGUGUGUUGUUCCCAAAAUGGUUGACCUCGAACAGCAAUGGAGCCAUGUUACAGAACGGACUGUGCCCACUCUAGCCAACUUGCCAUAGAGGAAAAAGCUAAGGUGAAGAAAAUGUAAAGGCUUUGCUGGAUGCGGCCAGAAGCAAAGGUUUUAAGAAUGUGCUCACAUACCUGAUUUUACUGGAACAAAACGUGCCCUGUAGUUGCAAGGCCUAUUCAGGGUGAAGAGCCCAAGUCUGAUCAUGUUUUGGAGGUGACUCUUCUUCAAAGAGCUUGUUGAUGGAAACCUGAAGGUGAAUUAGCAGCUUCCUUCUAUGGCUGUGGGCCAUAGUAUUGAGGAAAAAAANCGUUGUCACAUGAACAUAAACAGGCAACGGUGAAUGAAUGCUCUUGGGCAGAAUUUUCUUAGUGAAAGAUCCUUUUGUUGGUCUUGCACCAAAAACAGAGACCUUUUUAAAUGAACUCGAAUAAACUGCUUGGAACAAGCAAGAAAAAUACUGUAACAUACUUCGUACAGAGAGUUCAGUAUAUUAAUUGUUACAUGUUAGAUAUCUAUGUGUUUACCUCAAUGAGAAAAUAACGAAUGUUUUGCUAGUAUCAAAUCUGCUGUGGAAUUGGUAUUGUAUGUCAAUGAAUUCCUUACUUUAUCAGCACGUGUCACUAGAGAAAAAAAUGCUGUUUCCCUUGCGAGCUUUGUCAGAUUACAUAAAUACUUGUAUGAGGACUGUGACGUAUGUUUAAAAGGUGUUCAGUCACAAAAUGCCGUAAUAAAUAUUUCAUUUUUA